AUGACCUGGAUCUCUCACGUGCAGGAUCUCAAACUCCGGACGGCAGCCAUAGCCAAACAAAUGAAACUCUUUUAUGGUCACAAAUGGAGGCUUAACCCCCAUAUUCAAAAGGUAUUGUACUCAACAGUCAUCGAGAAGAUAAUGACGUAUGCUGCCGCAGUAUGGGCCUACCCAAUGCAAGGAAGGAAGGUCAGACAUCUUAACAGCAUACAACGACCAUUCGCAUUGGGAAUCACACGGGCCUACCGCACCACCUCCACCGAUGCCAUUAACGUACUUGCUGGUCUACUUCCCCUGCACAUCCGGGUUGAGGAGGAGGCAGCACGCCAACACAUUUUGCAACUUAAGAAAGCAGUCACUUUUGACGAUGAAACAUACUACCCGGAUGAGUACGAAACAAACUUCUGCCCUCUUGACGUCCACCCGGCAGAGAAAGGCAAAGGGAUACUUAUCUCAAUUAAUCCCACUGCAACUCAUCAAUCAAGGGAAAUGACCAUCUAUACAGACGGGUCUAGAUUGGACGAAAGAGUGAGAUGCGCCUAUGUCGCCACGAAACAAGACAACGCAAUCGAGAAAUGGAAGGGACAGUUAAGACAACAUAACAGUGUCUUUCAAAGCGAAGCAGUGGCAAUUGCACAAGCGAUUCGCUACCUGCACUCGCACCAGCAUAGCCAUGUCACCAUUAAAACGGACAGCUUAUCAUCGUUAUAUGCCAUUUGGAAUGCAGAUCAUCCCUCGGAGAUUAUACAAGGAAUCCAGAGAGAUCUUAGAAGCAACCCCCAGUACCGCACAAAAUUAGAGUGGAUAAAGGCUCAUGUUGGCCACUAUGGCAAUGAGCUUGCCGACCAACUCGCCAAAGAGGCAACAACUGACCCGCCUGAUGCACCAAUUAUCAUCCCAUGGCCGCAUUCGUAUUUAAAGAAGACACUACGCCUAAGGGCCACUGGCAUGUGGCAGAACGAAUGGGACCAAAGCACCACAGGGAGAAAGACCCACUACUUCAUCGGCUAUGUGGACACUAGCCAAAAUGUAGCGAACGCACAGUUGGUAAGGUUCAUUUCCCGGCAUGGGCCCUACCCGGAAUAUUUCUUCAAGCGUGGCAUAAGUCACACGUCAAUGUGCAUGCGGCGACACAGGCUCACCAGAGCACUAUCUAACGUCAUGCCCAUUAAGAGAAGGACUGCAUAUCAAUCUCCCUGA